AUGACCAGCCCACCUACGACGGGAUCCAUCCCUCUUCAGGAGUUCAGGAGAGACAUUCCUCCAGGGUGGACUCCAGGGGACCCCGCCUACCCAUUGCGCCUCUACUUCGACAAGUUGAAGCUCUGGUACCGCAUCUGCAACUUGGAUGACGAGAUCAUUGGGCCUCUCAUUGCAGGCAGACUUUAUGGCCGCGCUGCAAAGAUAGCCCUGAACCUACGGGUACCUCGACCAGACGGUGGCUUCGACACCGGCGAUGCUGCUCUCGCUCGCUUGAGCGUUGACGAGGUGAGAGAUCCUCAGAGCGGCAACCUCAUUCAGAGCCACAUCCCAUCAGGUGUCCAGUACCUGACCUCGGCAUUGAAGGCCGCAUUCGGUCAACAGGACCAAGACUUGGCGACUCAGGCUUUGGAGAAGUUCUUCAACAUCUCCAGGAACAAGAUGACCUUGGCCGAGUACAGCGUCGAGUUCGAGUCCAGACUGGAUGAGGCGAGCGAUCGCGCUGGCCUUCAGUUGAACGAGGUCGGAAGAUUCUUCCUCUUCUUCAAGCACAGUGGCUUGAGUGCAAAGACCGUGGACGACAUCAAGCUGCAGAUUGGGGGCGACUACACGCGCUUUCAAGAAGCUCGUGCACUGGCCUUGAGAUUGAGCCCCAAUCGCAACGACGACACCACGGAGAUCUUCUAUGGCGACCACAACGAGGAGGAGAACUACGACCUGGACUAUUGGUACGGCGACCACGAUGAUGAUGAUGGCUGGUGGCAGUACUAUGAUGCUGACGAUGGCUGGCACGACUAUGACGACUCAGAUGACCAAUGGUAUGAGGACUAUGGGGAAGCCUCCAACGAAGAGGUGCCGCAGAUGCCAACCACCGACAAGAACGAGGAGAAGAACGAAGAUGAUGCAGCCUACUACAAGGGCAAAGGCAAGGACAAUGACGGAUGCUUCAACUGUGGAUCGAAAUGGCAUCAGGUGAGAGAUUGUCCUCUUGCACGAGAUGGCAAUGAUGGCGGCAAAGGCAAGAACAACUACCAGAAGGGAAAAGGCUACAAGGGCAAAGGCAAAGGAAAGAGCUAUGGCGGCAAGUCAAAAGGCUCCUGGGGCUGGCGUCCAUACUACAAGGGAAAAGGCAAGAAGGGUAAGAGCUCGAAAGGCAAGGGCUAUGGAAAGCGAUCAUGGUAUGCAUCCUCAUCGAGUGCAACUACUUCCACCAACUUCAACGGCUAUGGAGAGACCUACAAGAAGGACACUUCAAAAGGGCUCGACAUUGGUGCAGGAGUUCCCAACUCAAACACCUCACUUCCAAAGCCUGACAACUCUCCCAAGGAGUACAACAUCCAUGGGCUUUCAGAGGAUGAGGAGAUCAUCAAGCUUGGACGUGUGGAUCGCACCAGAUCGAGCUCUACCAGUGAUGAGUUGGCGGAGGACGACAAGAAGGAGAAGAAGGACAAGAAGCAUGCCACGGCUUUCUCCUCUGUCUCGAGCGUCUACGACAGCCACGAGUACUUUGUGGUUCGUGGCCAGAAGAGACAGGGAUUGAUUGUGGAUCCUGGAGCUGCCUCCGGACUCAUAGGGUCUGAAACCCUCAGGGAGCUUCUCAACAACUGCGUGGAGCCCUACGGCCUUGCAGACCAGGUGGAGAUCAAGAAGGACAAGACUUCGCCAGUCAGUGGAAUUUCUGGCAUGUCUGACAGGACUUUGGGCCAGGUGACAAUUCCACUGUUCACGAAUGGCCAGAGCAUUUCCUUCACAGGAGAAGUUCUUGGAGGUGAAGGCAGCCUGUGCCCUGCUCUCAUUGGCAACCCUUCGCUGCGACGUAUGAGCAGUGUCAUCUUUUGCAACUACUUUGAAGAUGGCGAUGGCCUGCUCACCGUCGACAUGGAUGCCGACAACCACAACGACCAGGAGAUUUCCAAGGUCAAGCUCUUCCGGCUUUUGCUGACGGAGUCAGGCCACUACCUGUUGCCGACAGAUGAGCCGACCAAGCACAAGUUGCGCGAUGGCAUCAAGCAGGAUGUGACGGCGUUCUUCAACAAGGUAGCAACACAAGCCACUCAGCUAUGGCAAGAUGUCUGCCCAAGAAUGAAGCAUUGCUUCCUUUCAUCACGGCCCGCUCAGACGGAAGGCGACCGGGGUGAACAAGAGAAGUCAUGCACCACUGCAACAGAGAACAACAAGAAUGACCCUCCGCUGCAGACAUCCUCCACUUCAACUUCCGAUGCAGCUGAUGGCAACACUGAUGAGCGGAAAGAGAACGAGCAGGAAAAGAACGGCGCCAAGCACAGCAACUAUGAAAAUGUUUCACCUCAAGGCAUUUUGCCUGGCGCGGAUGCGCCCAGUGCUCAGUUGGAGCACCACGUACAGAACGACAAGGAGCUGACUAAGCCCUGCGACACUUUUGAGAAGGGAUUUCAACAGUUUCACUCCGAGGAUGACUUUCCGCAGUACAAGGAGGAGUACUACUCCAAAUCAGGUUUGAGGCCAAUCACACCCAACAACUUCCAGAAAUGGUUUUCUCGAGCCAAAGGACGUGGUCUCAAAUGGCACUUCUGGGAAGUUUGCAGUGGCAGUGGGAGACUAUCCCUCACCUUGCUGCUGGCCGGCUUGGUGAUUGGAUUUCCAGUGGAUGCACGAUAUGGUUGGAAUCUCCGCAACAGCAACCACCAACACAUGCUUGACAUGGCACGUCAAGAAUUCCAACCUGGUGUCAUCCAUCACUCUCCAGAUUGUGGACCAUGGUCAGUCUCUGCCAACACCAAGGACCCCGAGACCAAGCAUUGUGAACGACUUCAAGAACAACCAUCCAUUGCUUGGGUUCAACAAUCAUGUGAAGACCAAAGUUGUCAUGAUCGCGGCUACUUGGUGGAGCAGCCAUGGGGAUCAGCUAUGUGGAGAGAUGACAAUGAGUCACCACUGCGACUUGAUAAGAUCCCAGAAAACAGAGCGAAGCAGAGAUGUGACCAAUGCAUGCACGACCUCAGAGAUGAGAAGGACAUGUUCAUCCAGAAGGCCACAGGCUUUGGUGCCAACUUCAAGCUGGUCAAGACGGCACUCCGAUGCUCUGGACAUCGUGGGAAGACCCACUCACAUCUUCAAGGACAAGCACCCAAUGGGCUCUCCCGAACAGCGAUGGCAGCCGUCUAUCCAAAGACUAUGUGUCAACGGAUGAAACAGGACAUCAUCAACUUCCUCCAGAAGAAGAACCUUCUCAAGAUCAAGCUCUGGCCACAAGACCUAUGCUGGUUCACAUCUCCAAGCUUCUACGAAUGUGUGCGAUGCACACUUGGGCGAGCAUGCCCCAAGGACAUUGAGCACUCAAUGAUUCCUGGACAAUGUCGACAUGGCAAGUAUGCAGCUGGCACCAAUCCACGACUUCAGAAGCUUGAGGACAAGGACCCCAUGAAACGAUGGAAGGACAGUGCCAACAAGGAGUCCUACGAGCAAGUCAUUGUGGACAACAACACUGGCCAAGAACUCACUGUCUCGGCAUCCCACUACAUCAAAAGACUGCUGAUGGAGACGGUGCGCAAUGCCCUUGGACUCUUUGGUGAAGCUGCAUAA